AGCUGUUGGCAGUGUCACCACCCUGGUCACUCAGAUUAUCACCACUCAAGGGAGUUUGAAACAGCUUAAAGAUGUCCAGUGAGAGGAACCCAGAGGUGGUUGGCUGUGGCGCCUCCAUCAUGAAGAACGUCUGGGAGAUCAGAAUGCGAGAGUAUGAACUGAAGAUAAAGCUGGAGGAGGAACGGAUACUGAAGAGCGCUCUGCCCUCAAUUAACCAGGACUGGGCAAAUCGUAUGGUUUCUAAAGUGGUAGGAUACAAAGGGGUGCAAAGGAAAAUCAAGUCACCUGAGGCUCAGAUAGACAACAAUAUCUGGAAGAGCAAACAGCCCCAGCUUCCUCGUAUUCUUCCUCAGGUCACAUGCUCAGGUCCACUCAGCAGACCAAGAAGCCACAGCAAAGGCCUCUCUACUGCAGUUCCCAACCUUAAAGACAAAAGAGGUCAGGACAAAAAAAUAAACGGGAUGCAAUUACUCAUGUUCAUAACUCAAACUCAACCUUCCACUUUGGUGUGGGGGAAAUCAUGGAAGUACAACAAAUCCUUGCGAUCACCAACAGAGAGUGCCAUAGACUGGGGCCAGUGCUGGAUGUUUGCAACCCAGCAACCUUGCUCUGAAACUGGGAAACCUUGGUCAAAUGAGCCAAAUGUGAUAAAUCCACAGAACCUUAAUGUCUGGAUAAAACCUGACAAUAGGAAGAUGGAUUCACAGCAGCUAAAUUUGAAUCUUCCCAUUGAAGAUUGGCAGAUGUCCUGGAAAAAAUCUGAUCCAUGCAGCAAAGAAGAUACAAAUGGAGAGAAUAUCCCCAAAUCUGGAUUUUUUACAUUGCUGCUUGAGACUGAGCACCACGAUGAAGUCUUGCACUCAUCAGAAUGGAGUGAGUCAUGGAGAUCAACCAAAUCAGCAAUUCAGCAGGAUCCAAUCAGUGUUCCAGGUGAUGGUAUAUUGAAUGAGUGUGUUGCUAGGAAGCAAGACAAAAAUCAAGAGAUAAGCUCUGAGUGGGAAGAAUGUUGGAGGCUUGUAAACCACCAUUGCUACAACAAAUCGGAGGUGCCUCAACACAAAAAAUCUCAGAGUUCAGAGUGGGCAAACUCAUGGCAAGUAGCUAUGGUGGUUGUUAACAAGUCUCAGAAUUCAAAUCCUACUUUGAAAAAAGAUGAUGACUUUAAUGACCACAACCAACAGAAAGAGCCCUGUUUCCACAAAAUCAUGCCUAUGUCACAUGAGCAUAAAGACAACCAUCUAUACUUGCAGCAUUGCAAAGAAUUUAAUGGAGUCUCUGAGUGGAGCAAGUCAUGGCAGGUGACCAAAAACAACUCAGAACCAUGUGAGGAAAUAGAGAAAGUCCUUAAGACUUUGCCACCAAGGGCAGAAACUGCUUUGGAGUUUCAGUUGUUGGACAACAACUCUAAGGUGUAUUUUUCAACUUCAGAAGAAGCAGAUUUACAGUAUGAGCAACUGAAACACAACAUAAUAUAUCAGCCAAAGAGCGAAUUCAGCCAGUCUAGGUUAUUUCUUCUGAAAUAUUUAGAAAACAAUUUGCCUUGCUCAGAACUGAGGGACUCUUGGAGGACAAUAAAGCAUAGAAUGAGGUUGGAGAGAAGAAGACUGAGGAUAAACCUACCCAGCUCUUUCAAAGAUUCACAAAAGGGGGGUUAUAUGAAGCCAGCUGCUGCAGAGUGGAAUGACUCAUGGAAGUUUACAUGCCAGCCCUUGUACCAAAUGCUUGACCUGUGGCAGCAGGGUUGGUCCACCCCAGCUCAAAACCGUGUAGCUCGAGCAAAGUACCAGAGCCACAUUGUACUUGUAGAAUUCCCUAGUAGUGAGGGAACUGGGGAGUGGAGCUUGAAGGAAUCGUGGAAGUUCUCAAGACACCAGAAUCGAUCAGAACCUGGACAGGAAAAGGUGCAAAUCCACCAAGGAAAUUGUACUUCUCACAAUCCUGACAACUCAUGGACACAAGGGAGACAUGUCACUGCAAUUUCAGACUGGGAAACAUCCUGGAUGGUCUCAGAGACUCAGUUGCAUCAUGAUAAACCCUCCUUAACUCAGUGGAGAGAAGCCUGGAAGUGGUCGAUGUACCACACACACUGGACUGAAUCAAUGCGUAGAGAGAACUGGGUGAAUGAAUCAUUGGAAAUCGAACCCCUAAAGGGGAAGACUUCCAUGCAGAGAAUCAAAGCAAAAAUGAGCUGGUCUUUUGACAGCCAGAUUUUCAGGGAAAGAUACCAUGAGAAAGAUUGGAGCCCUUCAUGGAAAGCUGCAUCUCUUUUCAGUCAUCAGCCAAGUCAUUUUGAAUCUUCAGAAAUAAGUAGGCAAAGCAUAAGCAACACUAUUCAACAGCAACAUGCCAGUGCAAGUGAGCAUGGAUGCAAGUGGGGAAAGUCAUUCAGACUUGCCAACCCAAUGCCACAAGUGGAAAAAUCCUGGUGGGAGUCCCCUUCUAACCAUUGUCAGUAUACAGUCGAAUGGUCAAGAGAAAAGAAAAUACAAAAUGACAUCAGAAACAUGUGUGACAACAAUACACCAAACUACAGCCUUUGGAGAAACUCCCAUGAGUUCCUGCAGAGUGCCAAGGUGCAUAACAAAGAGAAAAGAAAGCUAAAGGGAACCAAUGACCCAAGGGUCAUCAUAACAAAAACAGCCAAAACAAGAAGGCAUUUGUACUCCAACAAUGACAAAGACAAACAAUUAGAAAAGAAGUGGGUAGGAUGCCACCUCUUGCGCAAAACCCAACCAUGUUCAAGGAAAGUUAGCUCAGGAAAAAAGCUAAAUCCUGAGGAUAAAACCAAUGAACAGAUCCCUGAAGAGUGGGAAGAAUCUUGGAGAUUCUUGGUUAGGCCUGAUAGUUUGAAAAAGCAAAUGUCCUUCAAGUUGCUGUCAGGUUGGAAUGAUUCCUGGAAGUUCCUAGUUCCACCAUACAAACCUCUCAAUGGCCCAAAAGCAAAAUAGGUAGAACAUGACUAUGUAGUUCAUCUGAUUUGUGAAUCUCUGUCUUUCAGAUUAUAUGCAAACCCUUUACUAACAAGCUAAUGGCUAGCUAAUCUUUGGUAAACGAAUUUUUUAAAUUGGCCUCUAGAAAGAAAUGUUCACAUUUUUCCCUUUUUGUAUAAAGAGCUUCACAACAAAAAUACUUACAAUAAAUUAUGAGUUAUAGUAUUGUCAGUUUCACAAGGAGAGGAAGGGACUCUGGGUCUUUUUCACAAGCAGCUUAAAAGGGCUGGACAAAAUGUUUGAUUGGCAUAGCACACUUUUUCCAAUCAUUAGGACACAAAGACAAAGGUUAAUUUUAGCACUUGCAAGGAUGUGUCUAUUUUUUUUAAUUUUUUUUAAUUAAGUCAACGGCGAAAAGUCUUGUUAAAGUGUGCUAAAGCAUUCCCCUAACAUAUUCUGGCUACUGUAAGAGCUGAACCAAUUAAUUUCUGGUAUGCACAAUCAAAACUAAUAUUUAUGAUUGAGGAAAAACAGAGUAAGUGAAGUUGUACGUGAAGUUUGAAUUGUUGAGGAAAGAAUUGUAGUGGCUGGACAAAGUUACAUGAAAGUGCUUGGUAGUGUUUAUGAAAGUGAAUAUUAUGUCAAACAAUGUAUUUCAACUGAAGGAGUAAAAAAUUUGUCUCAUGAAUUUCUGCACAGUGGUACAAAAACUACUAUAAAUAUGAAUAUCAUGUUCACUUGUACGUUAGUAGCUAAAAGGAACUUCAAAUCUGGUUUCAGACAUUAAAUGUUUGUGCAUCACAGUUUCAUAUUUCCUUCACUAAAUUCCCUGCAUUCAUUGUUGUUAUAGGACAUAACAUUUACAUUUAAUACUGAUAUUGGCGCACAUUAAAUAAAAGAAUGUUUGUUUUGAUUACAAUCCUCUAUCUUGGCUGGAAGGGCAGUGCUAAAUAUAUGGUCAGUUUUAAAAUGCAUAAUUUUCACACUUUGGUCCAAGUUGGAACAAUCAGAAAAAGCCAUACCAUAAAAUUGGACCCUUAAGUCACUCUUGUAUCUGUAUUUCAGCUCAUUUGGUUCAAACCAAGGGGGGGAAUUAUUUACUGUUUCUUUAUGCAUUUUGCUGAUUGUUUUCUUAAUCGCAAUUGAUAAUUGAGAAGUUAAGCUUUGUAGUUAAAAUUAAGAGCGACACUGUUGCUAUUUUAAAAAUAACCUGCUUUAAAUAAUAGGUCAGAUGCAUAAGUUACUCAUGUGAGACCUCUUGAGUGCCAAGGAGACAGGAAAUCUGGAUGUUUACAAAAUACAUGUUUUGGAAAUAUAUAAGCUGAUAAUAGCAUCUGCUGAGGCAGGUCACUUAUAGACUGCCAUGCUUAUAAAAGAAAUAGGCUCACUGAGAACACCUAGUGGACAGGAUCAACAUGACAGAAGUUUAGAGUUUUAAUGCUGUCAGACAUAUUUAUUGUUUCCCCUGAUUAAAAAUAUAUAAGCAUGAAAAUAUAAAUUUGUUGCUAUUAUUACGUUGAGGGUAUUAUGUUCUUUGUUUUGAGGGUUUUUGUGUUGUUUUUGAAUCAUGUACCUAUACUACAAUAAAGAUGAUACAGCAAUAA